GGAGAAUCUGCCGCCGAGAAGGGGGCAUUUCAGAUCAAGCGCCAGUCUGUGUAGCGGCGCAGCGCGAGGGAGUCCGAGUUCAUUUACAAACCGGUGGCGAAGUCGACGGCCAUACAGGGACAGCCGUGUCUCUGCGGAGGAGGGGGGCAGCAGGGCCCUGUCGCAUUUCCCCGGCAACAGGGAACAUUCCGGAGAACCUCAGGUAAUCUGGGGUCAGGAGGACAUGAGGAUGACUGAGCCCUGAGGUGUGGCAGUAUGUCAGGGUACAUACCGAGUUACCUGGACAAGGACGAGUUGUGCGUGGUGUGUGGAGACCGAGCGACGGGCUAUCAUUACCGCUGCAUCACCUGUGAGGGCUGCAAGGGUUUUUUCCGACGGACGAUCCAGAAGAACCUCAACCCGACGUACGCCUGCAAGUACGAAGCCAAGUGCGUCAUCGACAAGGUGACCCGGAACCAGUGCCAGGAAUGCCGCUUCAGGAAGUGCAUCGCCGUCGGCAUGGCAACGGACUUGGUGCUGGAUGACAGUAAGCGCCUGGCGAAGCGCAGACUGAUCGAGGAGAACCGGGAGAGGCGGCGGAGGGAGGAGCUCCAGCGGAGCGUGUGGGAGAAGCCGGAGCCCUCGCCCCAGGAGUGGGACCUCAUACACCUGGUCACCGAGGCCCACAUGGCCACUAACGCCCAGGGCAACCACUGGAAGCAGAAACGCAAGUUCCUGGAGGAAGAGACUGUGCUACUUAAUGAAAUAACAUGUAAUUUAUUCUGUGCUUCUGACCAGAGAGACGUCUGCGUGCCAGAGUGCAAGCCUGAGGACAUUGGUCACCCCCCCAUCCUCAGUGCCCCUGAGGGCAACAAGGUGGACAUAGAGGCCUUCAGUCAGUUCACUAAGAUCAUCACACCUGCCAUCACCCGCGUGGUGGACUUCGCCAAAAAGCUGCCCAUGUUCUGUGAGCUCCCGUGUGAGGACCAGAUCGUGCUGCUGAAAGGCUGCUGCAUGGAGAUCAUGUCUCUGCGCGCCGCCGUGCGCUACGACCCCGAGAGCGAGACGCUCACGCUCAACGGCGAGAUGGCCGUGACCCGCGGGCAGCUGAAGAAUGGCGGGCUGGGCGUGGUCUCCGACGCCAUCUUCGACCUGGGCGUGUCCCUGUCCGCCUUCAACCUGGACGACUCUGAGGUGGCCCUGCUGCAGGCCGUCAUUCUGCUGAGCUCAGACAGGCCGGGCCUGAGCAGUGUGGAGCGGAUUGAGCGCUGCCAGGAGGAGUUCAUCCUGGCCUUCGAGCACUACAUCAACUACCGCAAACACAAGGUGGCGCACUUCUGGCCCAAGCUGCUGAUGAAGGUGACGGACCUGCGCAUGAUCGGGGCCUGCCACGCCAGCCGCUUCCUGCACAUGAAGGUGGAGUGUCCCACCGAACUCUUCCCCCCCCUCUUCCUCGAGGUGUUCGAGGACUGACGGUCGCCGCCAGAACUCUACCAACCACACGGGGAACGCACCCCCAGAACUCUACCAACCGUACGGGGAACGCACCCCCAGAACUCUACCAACCACACGGGGAACGCACCCCCAGAACUCUACCAACCGUACGGGGAACGCACACCCCCAGAACUCUACCAACCGUACGGGGAACGCACCCCCAGAACUCUACCAACCGUACGGGGAACGCACACCCCCAGAACUCUACCAACCGUAUGGGGAACGCACCCCCAGAACUCUACCAACCGUACGGGGAACGCACCCCCAGAACUCUACCAACCACACGGGGAACGCACCCCCAGAACUCUAUGAAGCACUACUGUCAAUUCAUUCCAUUAUGUAGGAGUCGUGUGCCAGGCCUAGUCUCGGCUCGAACCAUUCCUACAAUGCGGGUACAUGUGAAUAGCAAUUUUAUUUCGUUUUUGGUAUUGUUUUUCUGUUGUUGUUGUUGUUGUUGUUGUGAAUUUUAUCUAUCCUGUUUUUUUAAUUUUUAUUAUUUGUCUAUUGUGCUUAUGUGAUCGUUUUAGAACCGUGUCAUUUUGCUAGCCAGUGUCAUGCCAGUGACUUCAGACUUCAGUUACGCCUGGGAAAAAAAGGUACUGUUUCCAAAAAGAGAGAAAAAGACAUUUAAAAAAACAGAAGGCAUGUUUCUCAAACUCCCACUACUCUCGGUAGCCUCUUCAACCCAAAACAAGCAGAAAAAACGGUUCUAUUCAGUCGUUGUCUAUGUUUUGCAGUGAAGCUAGCUGACUUGUAAUGUUGAAUUUAAGAUACUGCUGGAAAACAGUGAAAUCCUUUCGGAUGCUGCCAUUCUGGACAGGUGAUCACACACACGCACACACACACACAAACACUCACAUACACACACACAGACACACACACAUAAACACUCACUUACACACACAUGCACACACAAACACUCACUUACACACACAGAUACACACACACAAACACUCACUUACACACACACGCACACACACACACACAAACACUCACUUACACACUCAGACACACACACACAAACACUCACUUACACACUCAGACACACACACACACACACAAAGACACGCAUCAUGAUGGCACAGUUUUUAUGGUUUUAUUUGUUUUCAUGAUCAGGCAUGUGUAUACAGCACUAAUGUUUUUCAAAUUGACUGAAUCAUGGAUAGUACUCUGGUCUGGCUGGGCCCAGUUUGUGGAGAGAUAUUAUGGGAUGUUUGUCCCUCUUUGUGUAUCAUAGUGAGACCUUUCAGGUAGACCUUGUCCUCUGGGGGUUCCCCAAAUUUUGAUGUCCCCUGAAAUGGACACGGUGGCUGAAGAUGGGUGCGUUUUGGCACCUUUUGGCAGUUUUGUGACUGUGAUGCGGUGUUUAAAACACUAGCCAAUGGAAACCUGUCUAAGAUGUGAUGUCACUGCAGGGGUCUGCAUAACGUGCAAUAUAAACACUAUACAUUAACAUUUGGGCCAGUUUCCCAACGCAGAUUAAGCCUAGUCCUGAACUAAACUGAGUUUUGCAUGGCAAAUCAGACAAUUUAGAUGUUAGCCCUUUUCGGCUCAAGUUUAGAACUUAAGUUUAAAAUAAAUAAAAACUUUUUUCAGGAAUUACAUGAAGUAGCUUUUCAGACCAGCCCCACUCCCCGGGGAGGCCCUGAGCUUCCUCCUUGUUUUUCAGGAAUUCUAAUUUCAUAUUUCAUAUUUCAUAUUUCCUUUAGCAGAACGCCGUGCUCCGGCUGCUGCUAUGGCCUGCUAAUGACAGAGAGCGAGCCUCUCCCGCUAACUCACAGCAGAUGCAGUAUGCAGUAUGCAGUAAGCAGUAUGCAGCAUGCAGGCGCGUGUCGAUCCUGUUUCUGUUGUCAUUUUCUUUCUGUAUUCAUUUGAGUCUCGGUUGUUUAUUUUUAAAGCAUUUGUACCGGUCGUUCUGUCCUUUUCCAGAACUGUUACAAAAAAAGAACCAAGGAAUGUCUUAUCUCUGUUAGGACCAUGUAUAUUUCAGUAAGUCUCACACACACACACACACACACACACACUCUCUCUCUCUCACACACACACUCACACACAGACACACUCUCACACACACACACACACUCUCUCACACACACACACACACUCUCUCACACACACACACUCUCUCUCACACACACACACACUCACACACUCACUCACACACACUCACACUCUCACACACACACACACACACACACACACUCUCACACACACGCACACACACACACACACACUGUAAAGAGCACUAGGCUAGCAGCCACAGCAGUGGCUGCAGGGUCCUCACACAGUUAUCUUCACUGUCUCAUGGGCGUUGCACAGACAAUCAGCUGUAGGCCAGAGAGACCCACGACUGAGGCAUCAUGGGAGGGGAGAGAGGGGGCAGGCCCCCACAGUCUGACAAGGGGGGAUAUUAUAUAUUCUGUACGUUUUUGUUUUUUUUAUGCGCCAUUGUGGAUAUUAGCUCUCAAAACUGUGGGUGUGUGCUUCUCAGUGUUAAAAAAAAAAACUUUCAAAAAAGAAUAAAAAGCUAUCAGUAUAUUUAUAUAAUAUAUUAUUAUAUAUAUAAAUAUAUAAAGCUUCUAAAUAUUUUCCAGUAUAAAGGAUAAAAGUUGUAUAUUUUCAGACUGCUGAUAUUUUUACAGAUGUUGUACGCCUAUAUUGAAACGUUUUACGGUUUCACAGAAGUGACAAAAAAGAACUUUUCUCACAAGUGCAGCGAGAGUGAUGUACUGAGGAGAGCAAACCAAUCACAGCGCUUACACAGACCUCACAGUAAAACCCACCAAUCACAGCGCUUAUACAGACCUCACAGUAAAACCCACCAAUCACAGCGCUUACACAGACCUCACAGUAAAACCCACCAAUCACAGCGCUUAUACAGACCUCACAGUAAAACCCACCAAUCACAGCGCUUACACAGACCUCACAGUAAAACCCACCAAUCACAGCGCUUACACAGACCUCACAGUAAAACCCACCAAUCACAGCGCUUACACAGACCUCACAGUAAAACCCACCAAUCACAGCGCUUAUACAGACCUCACAGUAAAACCCACCAAUCACAGCGCUUACACAGACCUCAGCGGAAAACCCACCAAUCACAGCGCUUACACAGACCUCACAGUAAAACCCACCAAUCACAGCGCUUAUACAGACCUUUCAAUAAAACCCACCAAUCACAGCGCUUACACAGACCUCGCAGUAAAACCCACCAAUCACAGCGCUUACACAGACCUCGCAGUAAAACCCACCAAUCACAGUGCUUACACAGACCUGGCAGUCUGACACAAGAGCAGCUCCGAUCUCAAACACAGUACGUUACGCGUUAGCAGCUAAGCGCAUUAGCGGCUAAGCGCUAAGGCCCAGACAGUGUAGAAUGAGAGGGGGAGUGAAUGCGUCCAUUUUUAAAUGGCUGAACGGUGUGAUGUACGAUAUUUAACAUGCUGCACCCACAGUGGAUUUGCACAGGUUUGAAUGUCGUUGCUGUGAAGUGCAUUAACCAAGCUGGGAAGACAAUGUUUAAAGUUGCACUAAAGACAAUGAUGAUGACGAUGAUGUCAAUGAUGAUGAGGAUGAUGUUGAUGAUGUUUUGUUUCUGAAAAUAAAAAAUGGUUUGGAGACCUCCCUGGAA